AGCACUGAAGAUAUGUCAGUCAACAUGGAGUUUGAAAAUUCCAGGAACCGGAUUCCUUAUUUUCAUUCUUUGGAUGUACUCUUUCGUCGUUUCAAGUCCACCUAUGUUUGGCUGGGGCGAAUUCGUUCAAGAGGGUCCGGGCAUUAGUUGCUCUGUUAACUGGCAGUCAACAUCCUGGAACUCGUUGUCGUAUAUCCUUUUCCUGUUUAUUACGGGUUUCUUCGUCCAAAUUUCCGUCAUGUUGAUCUCAUACAUGUGCAUCUACUUCGCUAUUCACCAGAUCACGUCAAUAGAAGACCGACGCGACCGACGGCGAUUUACAGUAGCCGGCAAAGCCGAGAGCCGAGUAGCUUGCAUGCUAACGCUCAUGGUGAUUUGUUACCUGUUUGCAUGGUUACCAUACACCGUCGUUUCGAUGGCCAAAGUGUGGGAAGCACUGCUGGGAAACUCGGAUAUGUUGUUGAAUUUGAAUAAUGUAUAUGGCUACCUCCCUGCUUUGCUGGCAAAAUCGUCCAUAACCUACAAUCCAGUCAUCUAUGUCCUGUUUAACACUCAAAUCUGUCGAAAAGGAGCCAAUUACUCAUCUAACCAGGUAAACGUCGGCGAGCCUAAUAAGACGGGUGCUGGAAAGAAUCACCAAGUCACCGUCCAACAGACGAAUAUUGACUUACUAAGCAACCCUGGCAGUCAAUCGGUAACCUUGCAGAUGGAUGCUGUUUCGACAGAAAAAAAAAUAAAAUCUCCGACAGUGCAACACUAAUGCUAAAUUUUCAACCGCCCAAAUUUCACUAAUAUUCAUGAUUCAUAAUCUUGGUCAAGAAUUUCGUUAUUUUACGGAGCACAAAUAUUGGCCGUUUGAAAGUCACGAUGCAUACAUAAUGUAAAAUAAUUCAUUUUGUUUUCUGAGUUACGUAACAUAAUGUGUCUUAUAUUGAUCAUCAUCGUAUCAAAGAGGAUUUGAAUAUUAAAAUAAUCGAGUUUCAGCGUUGGAAACACAAAUAUUCUA